CCUUCACAUUUUGCCUCUAUAACACGUGGAGCUUACUGUAUUAGUAAUUUUGCAGGUUUCUGAUACAUUGGUACCGCCAAGCAAUAGCAAGUUACUCAACAAACUUUGUUCGUAAUUCUCCCAAUCAUAACUAUACCAAGUCGAUUUCCGCUCAAAAUAUCUCAGUAACACAGAUAUCGGUGACAUUAAUGACACAAGCUCUCGGCACAGCCCGCUGCACGCAAGACAACCGUUGAAGCCACAAAGUUAAAAUGCCAUUUUAGAUACGAUAAAGUCAAAUUCCGAUGAUCAAAUCCUCAAAAAGCGAGUGUGUCACUGCAGUUGAUAGAACCCUUCCUUCAUCUGAUCGUUAUAUCUUUAACCGCACUGAAAAAUUAUAUGUAACUUGCAUUUGUGCCACACACCAAAUUUAAUUGCGGAUCUUGUUAUUCUCAUGUUGGCAUCAAUGAAUAUCAUAGCACCAUCUCCAUCACGGGUUCGUAAGUACUGGACGGACGACGAGGACCAGAUCUUGCGCAGAGAAGCUACACUGCAAUUCAAGGAAAGGGGAAUUGUGAACGACUGGAAUUUGAUCGCGUCGAAAGUCCGUGGUAGGACAAAUAAGGAUUGCCGGAAGAGAUGGAGCAAAGUGGGAAAGGAGGUCAACAAAGGACUAUGGGAUCAUGAAGAAGACGAUCGACUGAGGAGAGGAGUAGAGCAACAUGGCACUUAUUGGACUAUGGUUGCCGAAAUAGUACAGACAAGGCAUGCAGACCAAUGCGCUAAGAGAUGGUAUCAUUUUCUCGAUCCAAAUAUCAGUCAUGAAGAUUGGGAUAGUGACGAGGAAGCCCGACUCUUAGAGGCUGUCCACGUACAUGGAAGGAGUUGGAAGAGCAUAAGUGAGAAAGAGUUCCCAAACCGCUCACCAACAGACAUAAAGAACAGAUACGUUAUUAUGGAACGAAAGGGCCGAUUGAAACGACGGAAAGCAUCUACGACUCAGUGUACUCCAGUACGAGAACGCAACGGUUUCGACUUUCCCAAGUCUGAAAGACUCGACCAAGUUUUGCACACAGAUUCAUCACCUGACAAUGCAAUGGGGUACGAAACGGAGAACUCUUUAAUGGGGCAAUUGCCACUCCCAGGACUUCCUCUUCAGCUCACCGCUCAGCAACUGUCCCAAAACAACUUCAACAACGAUGCACAUUCACUUUUUAAUUUUGAUGGGCUACCACCUCUACAAUUCAAUGACAUGUCAUACUCGUCCACAGAACCUUCGUCACCCGGAAUUUCACUGGCCCAAAAUUCGGUACCUUCGGGAUACAACAUGGGCAUACCAACAGUUGGCGGUCUUACCAGUGAAACAGAAGCAGAUAUUGAUCAGCUUUACUGUGAAGAUAUGAAUUUUGAUUUAGCAUUGGCCGAGGCAUUUUCGGCACCAGAUCACCGACACUCGAUAGCUUCUACGCCACCGACCAUGAGUUCGGUAUCCGAUGUCCCGGCUGGACAUAAUUACAAGUUGAUACUCGAGGAUGUGAAGCCGGAUACCUUGUUUUCCAUUGUGAACAUGCUUGUGGAGUCCAGGAGUAAUGUGAAGAUGGAGGUCUUCAGUAACGUUGCUUGAUACCCCGGAUUACUUCUACCACGACUUUCAAUCUAACGAGAACUUUCAGAAAUGCAUACUGUACAUAUUCAUUUGUAAACUUUUACUUAGGAGCUUUAAAUCCUCCCCCAACAGCCAUUCCAUUAGCUUGAGAGAAAUGCAUACUCAACGAAUUUUCAUUUUGGAUUGAGCCCAUCUCUGUGGGGCCAAUCGUUCUUCAACGGAAAGGCAUAUUCAAAGGAAAAUUCGAAAUAUCAACAGAGGUCUUGCUUUCGUUUUCAAGCGGCUCAAGAUGCAGCGCUCAUGCUUUUGUUUCCAGAAACGGGAUAGUUGGUUGGAAAUUGCAUGGGUCUUGGGAUUUUUGCAGGCCCUACAGGCGCAUUUGGUGGGUUGGGUUAUAUGGAUAUCAGCAAGAAUCUGUCAUGAAUAGACGAAUGACCUUAGUCCUCCACUGAGGAUAGGAUGGCACAUGGGCAAGGAUACAGAAAUUUGAGGCAUUUAGAAACUUUCCCGCCGAUCUGUUGUUAUAACAUUUAUUGCAAUGAUCAUCAUGAGAUAAACCUUGCUAAUGGUAUCCUGAAAGGGAAUAAGAGCCGAAUAUCACCCAUACCGUACAGUGCAGACCUAUAAGGCCAUUGCUUAAUGGAAUCUUGCAUAAAUUUCAGUAUAUGUUACAUUUCUACAAGGGCCUGUAUAUACAGAGGACUUUCCAUGCCAGGCUGACGACUUAGAG